AUGCCAGCAUACCACAAAGCAGAUUCCGCCGAGACAAGGAAGACACACUCCUAUCUGGACGCAACUACUCCCGAAGACCAAUCCGCAGUGGCUGAACAAGAAAGACCCUCGAGAGCUGGGAAGAGGAAGACAAAGAAUGCGGUUGCCAAACGGCUCCACGACUUUGACAAUGCCGAUAAGACGGCAGUUGCAAAGCAGAUGGAUGAACACCCAUCGGCUUCACCACCACAGCCCCGGUCGCUUCUCGGACAACUUGAACUGAAUCAAGGGUUUACCAGGCAUGGGAGAGAUGACACCUUGAAUACCUUGAACGAUCUGAACUCUACUCGAAAGGUCUCAGACGACUAUGCUCUACCGGCCGAUGCCUGGCCUCGCCAAACCAGCUAUGGCAAGAGCCCGACAGAUGAGCCAUAUUCAGGCCUGAAUGCUCCCCCUGCGCCGUCCUACGAACCUGGCUUCAGUGCUCGAGGAGGCUUCCAAGCGAGAAGCCCGCCUGUCUCGCCCCCGUCCCGAAAGGCAAGACCGAUCAGCUACGGUGGGGGCAUGCCUGCCAUGCCUGCCAUGCCGAGUCAUUCGAGAAUGUCGACGUCUCCAUAUGCAUAUGGCAUGAGUCCCUACGGUUCGCCUCCAGCGUUGCCUCACCUUCCACAGCAGCACUUCUACGGCCCUCACGAUGUUGACCUGGGCUUGGCCAAGGCCACGGCGCACAUGCACCUUUCGCAGCCGUCCACAGUGAAGUUUAGCUCCAUUCCAGGAGUUGGACAUGAGCGUAGUCGAGCAGUGUUCAUGAUGGGCGAUGGUAAUCUGGACAUCCUCAGUUAUAACGGCGAGAAGGUGGACCACAUAGGCAGUCUGAGAGGUGUGGAAGGCACCAUAUUAGACGCUUGCUUUUUAACUUGGAGUGCGGACGAGGACCCAUUCGCCGGAUACCGCCCGUUAGUCGCCAUCACUGUUCACGGUCCAAGCAAUGUUGGAUUUGAUACCUCCACACCCGAUGGCCUCAGUGUUCAUGACGGCCAGGAAGCUGUUCUCGAGACCAAGGUGAUCGUGUACUCACUACGCAAAGCCUGCCAUAUCGCAGAGCUACUGCGAGUACCAGCUCCGCUACCCCCUUUCCCAGGCGGCUUCCCUAACUCUGGUCCCAUUGCCACCUUGAAACUGCAUGCGAGUGGGAAUUUCAUGGUUGUGUCUUGUGGCAGCAGCGGCGAGGUUUUUGUCUUCUCUGUUAGGAAAUGUCAAGAGGCCGGUGCAUUCGUGUGCUUGGGCAAGUACUGGACCACGCUUCAACCACAAAUCCAGAGGCGAGACUCGUCUUAUGAACCUUCCUCUGAGCCAGAGAUCUCGCCGGCCGAUCUCGGGCGUGCUCAAGAGAGCGAUGACGCCCCCAUUCUUAGCUUGAGCGGCCGUUGGCUGGCAUUCUGUCCUGCCAGUGCCUCCUCUCGGCGAUCGGUUGGGGCCAUUCUGGGAAGGUCAGUUAUUCACACCAAGAACUCGACGAUCACUUCAGGGACUGCUCCCCCCAAGCCCGUCGUCAGUUGUGAAGUGGAAUCCCCUGAUGCAGACACUUUCCUCGGCAAAGUCGCGAAAGGUUUUGCGCAGGAAGCGGUAAGAAGCGCGAAAUGGAUAAGUGAGAAGGGUUUCCAGACGUGGCACAACUACUGGAAAAAAGACACAACGAACAAUCAGCAGUCACCUGCCGUUGCUCCGUCGAGUCCUCCUAUGUAUUCUCCUCGUCCCAACUUCGCGCAAUUUCCGCCGACACAUGGGCCUGACCAACAGGACGCUUCGAAGGAUCCCGAAGUGAUCACAGUCCUCGACUUACGUCUCUUGCAGGAAAAUCAUAGCAAAAAGGGUGUCGAUUUCACCCCGUUAGCCACGUUUAAGCCACCAGGAGGCUGCAGCUUCCUUUCCUUCAUGCCCAAUGGUUUAUGCCUAUUUACGGCCAGUUGCAAAGGUGAUGUCCACUACGUUUGGGAUUUGAUGCAGCUCAAGUAUCUAAGGAGUUCGGCCGCUCUCUCAGCAUCAGAGACUGGACGUGUCCGACAGAUCGCGAGAUAUGAACGCCUGAGCCCUUCUACCAUUGUUGACCUCGCGUGGGACGGACCAACAGGCCCUCGUUUUGCUCUCCUCACCAAGAACAGAACGGUGCACAUCUUUGAUUUGCCUCGAACUGCAUUUCAAUGGCCACCGCCACGCCCCAAAGAACACCGACCCACGUCUGCUCCUGCCAAUCAACCAAACGUGACGAUUGAGCAUGAAGCUGUGCCACCCGGCGGCUUCCUUGCUUCAGCGAUGAGUCUUGCAGCAAAAACACAGCCAAUGCUUGCAAACCUAAGAGGAAGAGCACCCAGUAUCAACGGAGGACUUAGCAGUAUUGGUGCUUCUGGGUUUGGGCUUGCAUCUGCUACAGGGAUCAAGAGUGGCAGAGCAGUCGCCGCAGGGCUUAGUAAGUCACUCGGCGCUGCUACUGAGACUGUGACCAGCCUCCGACAUGCAAAUCAGAGCAGGCUUUCUCUGAAAACUGCAGUCCGAGCAGACAUGCUUUGUUGGCAGGAACGGGAUGGCAAGUCUGUUUUGUCUGUUCUCGAUUCGGCCAGUAUCCGAAACUACCACGUCCGCAUGACCAAACCCAGAGAGACCCGGCAAAAAGAUACGGUAUCAGUGUUUGAUGCGCGGAAAGCUGUUGCUUGCAAACUCCCCAAGACCGCAGACCUACUCUCCGACACAGGACUGCCCAACGAAGAGAGUAAUUCACUAUCGGCCUUCUGGAGGUUUCGCGCUGGUAGAGAUGGACCUGCGAAAACGCCACACCCACUGGCUUUUGCUGAAAUCGAAACCAACGCUCCCUAUCAACCAUUCCAUUCCGACCGCAGAGUGGCAAUCUGCUUGUUGAGAGAAGGUAAUCUUGCAUCUUCGUCUCAGACCACACCAUGGCGUACAUCAACUCCUGGCUGGGCCAACGCCGUAUCUGGUUCAGACGCUUGGGUAUUUGGCACUGAUAUCCAAUCCCGGAAAUUGAACAUAACUGGCUGCUCCGAUCAAGUCCAGGGCGAGCGAUCUGUGAUCUAUCGAGAGACCACCAUGGCUCCCCAGGUCAACACUUUGGGCCAAGUGUCGGGCGAAGUUCUGGAUAACAGCGUCAGCCAUAUUAUUAGUAGUACUAAGAAGCGAAAAAGCAAGAGAGCCCGUAUCCCCACACAAAUCUUCGACGACGAGGAGACGGUUGAAAUUGGUCUGGGUGCUACCAGGCCACAAGGCAGCCUUGAUCCGGACUUUGACCUGCUGGAGACUGAUCACUCACCGAGGUAG